AUGUUUGUCCGGCCGCAGGGCGGUGAGGGAUCUUCGUCUGUUCGGAUGGUCGAUGCCACUUCCAUGCCAUCGAUACCCUCCCUGAAUGGCCCAUGGAGCAACGCCCAAAUCUGGAGAUACAUACUGUGGCCUUCGUCCCGUGGGUGUCCAUCACGUGAGAUUGAAUCUAGUGGAUUGCCACUUGAAUUCUGGACAAUCUCUUCCAUUGCUCCCCGUGUGUGGUACAGGCUACAUGGUUGA